GGGAUACCCAGCUCAGAGUUUCCCAACCAUUCCACCAAACUUUGUCAGGCCCGUUACCACCAUGGCCGAGCCCAUCCAGAAGAGACGCCUCCUGCGCAUGACCGUGGCGCACUACCGCCAACCACACGUCAGUGAAGAGGACUUCCAUUGCUGGGUGACUGAGCAACAUGCCGCACGCGCGGCCAAGCUUCACGCCAAGAAUGGGAUCGAGGGAUUUUCGAUCUAUUUCGCCCCGAAGUCCUUCCGGGACAUGACGACACAGUUGAACGCCCAACGGGGCAGCCCCUGGGUGGUCCGCGACUACGACGCCCAGGUCGAGUUUUACUUCCGCGACAUGGAGACAUUCUACAAGGGGGCGUCAGACCCGGAGUUCCAGGUGCUCCAGGCCGAGGAGGAGCCUUUUAUUAGUGGGAUUCAUGCCGAAAUCAGUAUCGGGUGGGUAGAGACCUACGUGAGCGAUGGGAAGGUGGUGAACAUCGGCGAAGAUGGUAAACCCGAAUAUCCAGCCUUUGCGCAGCUCAGUGUGGCGCCCUAGGCGGAUCUCUGGUGGAAAGCGAAGAGACAGCAAUUGAUUUUUCUGAUGCGUUUGACGAUAUCCAGGAGAUGACUAAUUGUACCUAUUUAUGACU